ACAAUAGGUUACUAUGGGAACAGCGGCUUACGCGAGUCUCAGUCAGUGCAGCCAGUCAUCUGGACGUCGCCAAAAUGAAUGAGCAAGAUUCGCAAAAAGUUGAUAAAAGAUUUGUUUUCUUAGAGAUCCGCGUUUUGUUAACGUUUCAGCUAAAACCUGAGACUUGGCAAAAAUGUCUUGUCAUAGAGGAGCAAAGACAAGUCAUUCAAGACUUUUUGGACAAAUCAAAUCACACAACUCUUGUGGUGUCGUUAAACUCAUCGGGACAGCUGGUUCCUUCUUUCGGAUUUGCGGGAACCGAGAAGAACAGAUCAGUUUAUUUUUGUAAGCGGAGUAAAACCACCCUGUCUGUUGAUACAAUGAGGGCACAGUUAAAUUGGGGAGUCGUGUCGUCUCCUUUGGAGCAGUUUUCAACGACCGUCGAACAGGUUGUUGUACCACUGUUGUCUAACAAGAAGAACCACAGCGACGUGCCCCGUGUUGUUUCUCUGGACCUCACUCGACAUGUCGAUGCCCUUAAAAACAGUGUGUGUUUCACUAUGGGACAAGUCAAAGGCAAAACGUUACUUCCUCUACCUACAGGAUCUGAACGAUUUGAGGAAGCCGCUCAUGAAAGAGGAAAGGGCGGCUAUCCUGUGGAUAAAAGCCUCAUUUACUCUAUGGAGACUGUUGUGAUUGAUUGGAGUAAUCGAGUCUAUAAAGUCUUGAAGAAAGAUUCUUCUGAGACACUUCUUAAAGGCAAUAACCCAACCCCACAUGUGGAGAUCAACUUUUGGAAAGACAGAGUUGCUGAUCUUCAGGGCAUACAUGACCAGCUCCAGUCACCAAAGAUUGCAAAAAUGGCUGAGCUAAUGAUUGCGGUAGAAAGCGUUUACUAUCCCUAUUUUGAAAAAAUGCUCCAGGAUGUUGCGGAAGCUCUAAAUGAGGCAAGGGAGAUCAGUGUCUUCCUGAAGCCGAUACAGAAACCUAUAGAAGACCUUGAGAAUCAAGACUUCAUAAAGCUAAAGGGGAGUAUUGUUGCCCUCAUGCACACUGUUUGUGUGAUCUGGGCCAACUCCAAAUACUACAACACCCCAGCCAGAGUCACUGUGCUUUUACAAGAGAUCAGCAACCUCCUCAUCCAGCAGGCUCGGACUUACCUGAACCCAGAAGACAUCCUAAAGGGUGAUGUGAUGGAGAGCCUCUCACAAGUUCAAACUGCUAUAGAUGUUCUUACACAUUUCAAGAGCACAUACGAGGACAGAAAGGCCAACCUGAGUCGGUACCAAAGAAAUGAGAAGAAGGUUAAGCCCUGGGAUUUCUCCCCCCUCAUGGUGUUUGUUCGGCUUGAUCACUUCAUGAAGAGACUAAGAACAAUUGAAACGCUACUGCUGACUGUCGUUGAUAUGAUGAAGUUGGAAAAGGUUGUGUUAGGAGGCAUUCGAGGAAAAUCUCUCAGUCAGCAGGUCCAGUGGUUACAUGAGGAAUUCUUGGAGACAUACAAAGUAUUCUCAGAGAAGACGUAUGACUGCCUUGAUCUCAAUAACAUGGAAUUCGAGGCUGAUGUCAUGAAGUUCCAGUUCAAAGUGGAGGAUACUGACCGGUGCUUGGGUACAAUCUUUUGUCGUGGUUUUGAUGAUGCUUCUGAUCUGGGGAACGCUUUAAAGGUUCUGGACAUGUUUGGCAGUCUUUUGGAACGACCCCUGAUAGCAGCCGAUGCUCAGUCAAGAUAUCCGAUGCUGAUCAAAAUGUUUGACAGUGAACUAAACUGUUGCAAAACACUCUUGACAAGCCAGAUUGAAGCAGAGGAAUCUCAAGGCUAUAUGCCCGUUCCCAAGAAUAUGCCUGUUGUCACGGGAGGCCUGAAAUUUGUCCAGCAGUUGGAAGAACGCAUACAGAUUCCUUAUAAUAACUUCAGAUUCGUCAACCACCCAUGUGUGGAGUCUGUGGAUGCAAAGGAAAUGUUCCAGAAAUAUGAUGAGUUGAUGCAGCUAAUUAAACAAUACUCUUCAAAACUCUAUGAUGUUUGGACUGAAUCGGUGUCUGAGAAAUCACAAUAUAAUCUUCAAAAGCCAUUGAUAUCUCGGGACUCUAGCACAAGACUCAUCUCUGUCAACUUCAGCCCACAGCUGGUGUCAGUGCUGCGAGAGGUGAAAUAUCUGAAGGCUAUGCAGGCUGAAGUCUAUACCACACCAGAUAUAGCGGCUGACAUUUAUUCAAACAGGGAGCUGCUGUGGCAGUAUGUGGCCAAUCUGGAACUAACAGCCAGCUGGUACAACAAAAUAAUGAGCACAGUGCUUGAGGUAGAGAAUCCACUGAUCCAGGACCAGCUGAGAGAUAUCGAUGCCAAGCUCAAAGAGGCUGAGGAGAGCAUCUGCUGGACAAGUCAAGGUAUUUGGGAAUACAUCCAGGAUGUUCGUGAGACGGUACAUGACUUGGAGCAGCGUCUACAGAGGACUAAAGACAACGUGGAGGAGAUGCAAACCAUCAUGAAAAGCUGGACUACCUCUAUCUUUGAAAGAAAAGAGGGAAAGAAAGAUGCUCUCUUAAAUUUGGAUGAUAAGACUGAACGUUUGGAAAGAACUUAUGGCCAGAUCCGUGCCUCGGGAGCAAAGAUCCACAUGUUACUAAAAGAUAACGCGUCACUUUUCAAAGCAGACUCUUCAUCUGCACAGUGGAGGUCUUAUGUGGAAUACAUCGAUGAAAUGGUAAUCGAUGGAUAUUUUAAUGGUAUUGAGAGCUCCCUCAAGUUCUUCUUGGAAAACACAGAAGAGAAACCUGGAUUAGCCCCGCUCUUUGAAGUCCAGCUAGAUCUGCAGGUUCCUGAGAUUGUUUUUCUUCCAUCUUUGGAGCUUGGUGCUUCAGAUGGCUUCUAUGAACUGGUGGAGAGUCUCAUCAACAGUGUCUUUAGGAUCUCCGCUCUUGUGCCACGAUUAUCUGAAAAAAGUCGUUACCAGCAUUACCAGGUUGAAAUGGAGGAAAUGGCUGACUUGGUGGAUAUGAGGCAGCUUGUUAUGGAGCGUGUACAAAGAGUCAUUAUAAAGUGCUGUGAAUACUGCAACACGUUGGAGCGCUACGCCUACCUCUAUGUGGAUGACAGAAAGGAGUUCAUGCAACAGUUCUUGCUGUAUGGUCAUGUUCUCACGAGUGAAGAGAUCGAGGCUCAUGCAGAACAUGGCAUUCCAGAAAAACCACCGACACUCGACCAGUUUCGGGAGCAGGUGGACUCGUAUGAGACUUUGUAUGAGGAAGUGCUGCGACUAGACCCCAUCCAUGUGUUUGAUGGCUGGAUGAGGGUCGAUGCACAAGCUUUUAAACAUGCCCUGCUCAAUAUCAUCAAGAAAUGGAGCCUGAUGUUCAAACAGCACCUUAUUGAUCAUGUAACACACAGUCUUUCAGACCUGGAGGGCUUCAUCAGAGAGACUGAGAGUGGACUUAAUAAGAGGGUGGAGGAGGGAGACUACAAUGCUUUGGUAGAGAUCACAGGUUACUUGGUGUCUGUAAAAGAACGACAGAGCACUACAGAUGAUAUGUUCGAGCCUCUCCAGCAAACCAUUGAUCUGCUGAAAUCAUAUGAGCAAGAACUACCAGAUUCAGUUUACAAACAACUAGAAAAGCUGCCAGAGAAAUGGAGUAGCAUAAAAAAGCAAGCUGUGUUGGUGAAGCAGCACAUUGCUCCCCUUCAGGCCAAUGAGGUGGCUAACCUACGCAGGAAAUGCGCCGCAUUCGACGUGGAGCAGUAUACCUUCAGGGAGCAGUUCCGCAAGAAUGGGAUUUUUAGAUUUGAUUGUGUUAAUCCGCAUCAAAUGCUGGACACGGAGCAUAAGCAAAUUCUGAAGAUGGAGACGACAAUGGCUGAGCUUAUCGAGUCAGCCAGCCUUUUUGAAGUCAACGUACCAGACUUUAAACAGCUCAAGCAGUGUCGAAAAGAGCUGCCUAUUCUUAAAGAUUUAUGGGAUAUGAUUUUUGUGAUCCAGUCCAGUUUUAAUUCAUGGGAGAGCACUCGUUGGCGAGAGAUAAAUGUGGAAGACAUGGACCUGGAGUGCAAACGGUUCUCUAAAGAGCUCCGUGCGUUGGAUAAAGAGGCACGUUCGUGGGACGCCUUCACCGGGCUUGACGGUACCGUGAAGAACACGCUUACCUCUUUACGAGUGGUUGCUGAGCUGCAAAACCCCGCCAUCCGUCCACGCCACUGGCAACAGCUCAUGAAUGCAACAGGUGUACACUUCACAAUGGACCAAGACACUACGCUCGCCGACCUACUUCGCCUAAACUUGCACCACUUUGAAGAUGAAGUCAGGAGCAUCGUCGACCGGGCGGUGAAGGAGAUGGGCAUGGAGAAGGUGCUAAACGAACUGGAUGCCACCUGGACAAAUAUGGCAUUUGGCUAUGAUGCCCAUCCACGUACGAAUGUUCCUCUGUUGAAGUCGGAUGAGGAACUUAUUGAAACGCUGGAGGACAACCAGGUGCAGCUGCAGAACCUCAUGUCUUCGAAGUACAUCGCGUUCUUUCUGGAGGAGGUAUCCACAUGGCAGAAAAAGCUUUCAGUGGCUGACUCUGUGAUCUCCAUCUGGUUUGAAGUGCAGAGGACCUGGUCACACCUGGAGAGCAUCUUCAUAGGCUCUGCGGACAUUCGCACUCAGCUUCCAGAGGAUUCCAAACGCUUUGAAGGCAUUGAUGGCGAUUUUAAAGAACUGGCAUACGAUGUUAAAAAAACACCAAAUGUUGUGGAGGCCACCAACAAACCUGGACUCUAUAGCAAACUAGAAGACAUUCAGUGCAGACUGGCUCUUUGUGAGAAAGCCCUGGCCGAGUAUUUGGAUACAAAGCGUCUUUCCUUUCCACGGUUUUACUUCAUCUCCUCAGCAGAUCUGCUGGACAUCCUUUCCAACGGCACUGACCCUCAUCAGGUUCAGAGGCAUCUGUCAAAAUUGUUUGACAAUAUGGCAAAAAUGAAGUUUGAAACAGAUGGGGACGGCAACCUAACCAAGACGGGGCUCGGCAUGUUCAGUAAAGAGGACGAGUAUGUUCCCUUUAAUGAGCCUUGUGACUGCACCGGCCAGGUUGAAGUGUGGCUAAAUCGUGUCCUGGACUCCAUGCGCGCCACCGUAAGGCACGAGAUGACGGAGGCAGUGACAGCUUAUGAAGAGAAACCCAGGGAACAGUGGCUGUUUGACUAUCCAGCUCAGGUCGCUCUCACCUGCACCCAGAUCUGGUGGACGACGGAUGUCGGUAUGGCAUUCUCAAGACUGGAGGAGGGACAUGAGAAUGCAAUGAAGGAGUAUUAUAAAACACAAGUCAAUCAAUUGAACACACUCAUCACCAUGUUGAUCGGCCAGCUCACCCCUGGAGACAGACAGAAAGUUAUGACCAUCUGCACCAUUGAUGUCCACGCGAGAGACGUGGUGGCCAAAAUCAUUGAGCAAAAGGUGGAGAACUCUCAGGCUUUUGUUUGGCUGUCCCAGCUCCGCCACCGCUGGGGUGAGAAAGAGCAGCACUGCUUUGCCAACAUCUGUGAUGCCCAGUUCCUCUAUUCGUAUGAGUAUCUGGGCAAUACUCCAAGAUUAGUCAUCACGCCGCUUACAGACAGGUGUUACAUCACCCUGACCCAGUCACUUCAUCUUGUCAUGAGUGGAGCCCCAGCUGGUCCGGCUGGCACAGGAAAAACUGAGACCACCAAGGACCUGGGCCGAGCCCUCGGGAUCAUGGUCUACGUUUUCAACUGCUCAGAACAGAUGGACUACAAGUCCUGUGGCAACAUCUACAAAGGUCUGGCACAGACAGGAGCCUGGGGCUGCUUUGAUGAGUUUAACAGGAUAUCAGUGGAGGUGCUUUCGGUGGUGGCUGUGCAGGUCAAAAGUAUUCAAGAUGCCAUCCGUGAUAAAAAGAAGAGAUUUAACUUCAUGGGGGAGGAUGUUAACCUGGUCCCUUCAGUUGGCAUCUUUAUAACAAUGAACCCCGGAUACGCCGGCAGGACUGAGCUACCAGAAAACCUCAAGGCUCUCUUUAGGCCUUGUGCGAUGGUCGUGCCGGACUUUGAGCUGAUCUGUGAGAUUAUGUUGGUGGCUGAGGGUUUUAUCCAGGCUCGACUUUUGGCCAGAAAAUUCAUCACGCUGUAUCAGCUAUGCAAAGAACUGCUCUCCAAACAGGAUCACUAUGACUGGGGACUACGGGCCAUUAAGUCAGUGCUGGUAGUGGCUGGCUCUUUAAAAAGAGGAGAUCCGGGCCGGCCAGAGGACCAGGUGCUGAUGAGGGCCCUGAGAGACUUCAACGUCCCUAAAAUUGUGACAGAUGACAUGCCUGUCUUCAUGGGACUUAUUGUGGACCUUUUCCCAGCACUAGACGUGCCUCGAAAAAGAGACAUGGAGUUGGAGAAAUUUGUCAAGCAGUCUGUGUUGGACCUCAAAUUGCAGGCAGAGGAAACCUUUGUGCUAAAGGUGGUUCAGCUGGAAGAGCUCUUGGCCGUUCGUCAUUCCGUGUUCGUGGUGGGCAACGCAGGGACCGGAAAAUCCCAGGUCCUCAAGUCUCUAUAUAAGACAUAUCAGAAUAUGAAGCGUAGGCCCGUGUGGGCCGAUCUCAACCCCAAAGCGGUCACCAACGAUGAACUUUUCGGCAUUAUAAAUCCAGCCACGCGCGAGUGGAAAGACGGGCUGUUUUCUAAUAUCAUGCGUGAGCUGGCUAACAUCAGUCACAGUGGACCCAAGUGGAUUGUCCUGGACGGUGAUAUUGAUCCGAUGUGGAUUGAGUCACUGAACACAGUAAUGGAUGAUAACAAGGUGCUGACACUGGCGAGUAAUGAGAGGAUCCCUCUGAAUCCAACCAUGAGGCUGUUGUUUGAGAUUAGCCACCUACGCACUGCCACGCCAGCGACCGUCUCCAGAGCUGGCAUUUUGUACAUCAACCCUGCAGAUUUAGGCUGGAAUCCGCCAGUGUCGAGCUGGAUUGACAAGAGGGAAGUCCAAUCAGAGAAGGCCAAUCUGACCAUUUUGUUUGACAAGUACCUCCCACCAUGCCUGGAUACCCUCAGGUCAAGAUUUAAGAAGAUCAUCCCAAUACCUGAGCAGAGUAUGGUCCAGAUGCUCUGUGACCUCUUGGAAUGUCUUCUCAUCCCAGAACACACUCCUCCAGAUUCCCAUAAAGAUAUCUAUGAGCUCUACUUUGUCUUCGCAGCUGUUUGGGCCUUCGGCGGGACCAUGUUCCAGGAUCAGCUCGUGGAUUACAGGGUGGAAUUCAGUAAGUGGUGGGUGACGGAGUUCAAAACCAUAAAGUUCCCAGCUCAAGGCACUGUAUUUGAUUACUACAUCGAUCCCGAGACAAAAAAAUUCGAGUCGUGGACAAAACUGAUUCCCAAAUUUGAGAUGGAUCCAGAAAUUCCUCUUCAGGCCUGCCUCGUCCACACUACAGAGACCAUCCGUGUGCGCUAUUUCAUGGACCGUCUGUUGGAGAGGAGGCGACCGGUCAUGCUGGUAGGCAAUGCUGGCACUGGAAAGUCUGUUCUGGUGGGAGACAAACUUGGUUCCUUGGACCCUGAGAAGUACACCAUCAAAAAUGUCCCCUUCAACUACUACACUACUUCAGCCAUGUUACAGGCUGUUCUGGAAAAACCUUUAGAGAAGAAGGCGGGGAGGAACUACGGGCCGCCCGGCAGCAAGAGGCUCAUAUACUUCAUAGAUGACAUGAACAUGCCGGAAGUGGACGCGUACGGCACCGUUCAGCCUCACACCCUUAUCCGUCAACACAUGGACUAUAACCACUGGUACGACAGGAGCAAGCUGCAGUUGAAGGAGAUCCACAAUGUGCAGUACGUGUCUUGCAUGAAUCCCACUGCAGGCAGCUUCACCAUCAACCCCCGACUGCAGAGGCAUUUCUCCGUAUUUGCUCUCUCGUUCCCCGGAGUGGACGCCCUAAACACCAUCUACUGCAGCAUCUUAAGUCAACACCUCCACGGUGAAGGAUUCACACAAGUUCUACAGAAGAGCUGUUCUCAGCUGGUCCAGAUGGCAUUAGUGUUUCAUCAGCGCGUGACUGCCACGUUCCUGCCAACUGCCAUCAAAUUCCACUACAUCUUCAAUCUUCGUGAUCUCUCCAACAUAUUUCAGGGCAUCCUUUUUUGCAACAGCGAGUGCUUGCGGACUCCUCAGGACCUGGUGAAGAUCUACCUUCACGAGUCCAACCGAGUAUACCGUGACAAGAUGGUGGACGACAAAGAUUUUGCAGCAUUUGACAAGCUACAGUCCGACACGGUGAAAAAGUUCUACGAGGAUAUGGAGGAGGCCCUGGAGGAGACCAAGGCGAUGAAUAUGUACUGCCACUUUGCCACGGGCAUUGGCGAGCCCAAAUACAUGGAAGUGCAAUCCUGGGAGAGCCUGAACAAGACCCUGCUGGAAGCACUUGACAGUUACAAUGAAGUCAAUCCAGCUUUGAACCUUGUUCUCUUCGAGGAUGCGAUGUCACAUAUUUGCCGUAUCAAUCGGAUCCUGGAGUCUCCUAGGGGAAACGCUCUGCUGGUUGGAGUUGGAGGCAGCGGGAAGCAGAGUCUCACAAGGCUGGCAGCGUUCAUAAGCUCUCUGGAGGUCUUUCAGAUCACUCUGAAGAAAGGAUAUUCCAUACCCGACCUAAAGAGCGAUUUGGCUGCAUUGUACGUCAAAGCUGGCGUGAAGAAUAUUGGCACGGUGUUCCUCAUGACAGAUGCCCAGGUCGCAGAUGAGAAGUUCCUAGUGUUGGUGAACGACCUGUUAGCAUCUGGUGAAAUCCCAGACCUCUUUCCUGAUGACGAGGUGGAGAACAUCAUCGGUUCUUUAAGAAAUGAAGUGCGUGGCCUGGGUCUCGUGGACACAAGGGAAAACUGCUGGAAGUUCUUCAUCGACCGCGUUCGUAGGCAACUCAAAGUAGUCCUGUGUUUCUCACCUGUGGGAAACAAGCUAAGGGUACGCAGUCGAAAAUUCCCAGCAGUGGUUAACUGCACUGCCAUCGACUGGUUUCACGAGUGGCCACAGGAGGCCUUGGAGUCGGUCAGUCUUAGGUUUUUACAGGAGGUAGAGCACAUCCAGCCAGAGGUCAAGGACUCUGUGAGUAAGUUCAUGGCUUAUGUUCAUGUAAGUGUGAACAAGACCUCAAGGGACUACUUGGCCAAUGAGAGGCGGUACAACUACACGACACCCAAGUCCUUCUUGGAGCAGAUCAAGCUGUAUCAAAACUUGCUGGCACUUAAGAGAAAGGAUCUCACCAUGAAGAUGGAACGGCUGGAAAAUGGCUUGGAGAAGCUCAACAGUACCACUGCUCAGGUGGACGAUUUGAAGAACAAGCUGGCAGCGCAGGAAGCUGACUUGAAGCUUAAAAACGAGAACGCAGACAAACUGAUUCAGGUGGUGGGUGUGGAGACCGAGAAGGUGGCCCGUGAGAAGAAAGUGGCCGAUGAAGAGGAGCAGAAAGUAGCCUGCAUUGCAGAAGAGGUGACCAGAAAGCAGCGAGACUGUGAGGAGGACCUGGCUAAGGCUGAACCUGCUCUUAUAGCAGCUCAGGAGGCGUUAAACACACUCAACAAGAACAAUCUGACAGAACUGAAGUCUUUCGGCUCCCCUGUGGUGGCAGUCACCAAUGUAACGGCAGCUGUCAUGGUGCUCACAGCGCCCGGGGGUCGAGUUCCAAAGGACCGCAGCUGGAAGGCAGCAAAAGUGAUGAUGGCAAAGGUCGACAACUUCCUAGACGAUUUAAUACAUUUCAAAAAGGAAAACAUCCACGAGAACUGUCUCAAAGCCAUCAGGCCAUACCUGGAGGACCCGGAGUUUAAGCCAGAGCUGGUAGCUGCGAAGUCUAAGGCCGCAGCUGGCCUCUGUUCUUGGGUCAUCAACAUUGUGACGUUUUACGAGGUUUACUGCGAGGUAGAGCCUAAGAGGCAGGCCCUGAACAAAGCCAACGCCGAGCUCGCCGCUGCACAGGAGAAACUCACCAACAUCAAAGCAAAGAUCAAACAUCUUAAUGAGAACUUGGCAAAGCUGACUGCGAAGUUUGAGAAAGCGACAGCAGACAAGCUGAGGUGCCAACAGGAGGCUGAGACCACAGCACGCACCAUCUCUCUUGCCAACCGCCUAGUUGGAGGUCUUGCAUCUGAGAAUGUUCGCUGGGCUGUGGCGGUCAAUAACUUCAAGCUUCAGGAGAGGACUCUGUGUGGAGAUGUGCUCCUCAUCACAGCAUUUGUUUCUUAUCUGGGAUAUUUCACCAAACGGUAUCGCCUUGAGCUGAUGGACAAGACAUGGAUGCCUUACCUCAGCCAGCUUAAGGUGCCGAUACCAGUAACUCCAGGGCUGGACCCCUUGACUAUGCUGACGGAUGAUGCAGAUAUCGCAACCUGGCAGAACGAAGGGCUGCCGGCAGACCGAAUGUCUACAGAGAAUGCCACCAUACUCACCAGCUGUGAGCGAUGGCCAUUAAUGGUGGAUCCGCAGCUGCAGGGAAUAAAAUGGAUCAAAAAUAAAUAUGGAGAUAACCUUCGGAUCAUCAGGAUCGGACAGAGAGGAUAUUUGGACUCCAUUGAGAGGGCAUUGUCUGUCGGUGAAGUCGUCCUUAUAGAAAAUUUAGAAGAGAACGUUGAUCCGGUUCUCAGUCCACUUCUUGGCCGGGAAACAAUAAAGAAAGGACGCUAUAUAAAGAUUGGUGACAAGGAGUGCGAGUACAACCCCAGUUUUCGCCUGAUCCUUCACACCAAGCUGGCAAACCCUCACUACCAACCCGAGCUUCAGGCUCAAUGCACACUGGUCAACUUCACCGUGACACGGGACGGACUGGAAGAUCAACUCCUGGCGGCCGUGGUCAGCAUGGAGAGACCCGACCUGGAGGAGCUCAAGUCGAACCUUACAAUGCAGCAGAACGGCUUCAAAAUCACUUUGAAAACACUGGAGGAUAACCUUCUCUCACGCUUGUCCUCUGCCUCUGGAAACUUCCUCGGAGACAUAGAGUUGGUGGAGAACCUGGAGAUAACUAAACGAACAGCAGCAGAUAUUGAAGAUAAGGUGAAGGAAGCCAAGGUGACUGAGGCUGAGAUCAAUGAUGCGAGAGAGCACUACCGCCCAGCAGCGGCCCGAGCCUCGCUUCUGUACUUUAUCAUGAACGACCUCAAUAAAAUCCACCCCAUGUACCAGUUCUCUCUUAAGGCGUUCAACGUCGUGUUUCAAAAUGCCGUACUAAAAGCCGCCCCGGAUGAGACCUUGAAACAACGGGUCCUAAAUCUGAUCGACAACAUCACAUCCUCUGUAUUCCAGUACACCACCCGUGGACUCUUUGAGUGUGACAAACUCACCUACACCGCCCAGCUUGCCUUCCAAGUCUUGCUCAUGAAUAAAGAGAUCAAUCCUAGUGAGCUGGACUUCCUUUUAAGGUAUCCGGUCCAACCUGGAUUGACCUCACCAGUGGACUUCCUGUCAAACCAUUCCUGGGGUGGAAUUAAAGCUCUUUGUAAUAUGGAGGAGUUCCAUAAUCUUGACCGGGACAUUGAAGGGUCAGCUAAGCGUUGGAAGAAGUUUGUGGAGUCCGAGUGUCCAGAAAAGGAGAAGUUCCCUCAGGAAUGGAAGAAUAAAACAGCUCUUCAAAGGCUAUGCAUGAUGAGAGCUUUGCGUCCUGACAGGAUGACCUACGCUGUCAGAGAUUUUGUGGAAGAGAAACUGGGCAGUAAAUAUGUAAUGGGACGAUCUGUGGACUUUGCUGUCUCUUUUGAAGAAUCUGGCGCUGCCACACCCAUGUUCUUCAUCCUCUCACCCGGGGUAGACCCUCUGAAGGAUGUGGAAAAACACGGACGCAAACUGGGAUAUACGUUCGACAACAAAAAUUUCCACAACGUGUCUCUGGGCCAGGGCCAGGAGGUGGUAGCAGAACAGGCUCUGGAGUUGGCUGCAAAAGAGGGACACUGGGUCAUUUUACAGAACAUCCACUUAGUGGCAAAAUGGCUGGGUACCCUAGAGAAGAAACUCGAACAGCUCGGGGAGGGCAGCCAUCAGAACUUCAGGGUCUUCAUCAGCGCCGAACCCUCCUCUUCGCCUGAGGGUCACAUCAUUCCACAGGGCAUUCUGGAGAACUCCAUCAAAAUCACCAAUGAACCGCCUAUGGGCAUGCACGCCAACCUGCACAAAGCCCUGGACAACUUCAAUCAGGAUACUUUGGAGAUGUGUGCCCGGGAGAACGAAUUCAAAAGCAUUCUCUUCGCCCUCUGUUAUUUCCACGCCGUGGUGGCGGAGAGGAGGAAGUUUGGCCCUCAGGGCUGGAACAGGAGUUACCCGUUCAAUACAGGAGACCUGACCAUCUCAGUCAGCGUGCUCUACAACUAUCUGGAAGCCAACAACAAGGUACCCUAUGAUGAUUUGCGUUAUCUCUUCGGGGAGAUCAUGUACGGGGGUCACAUCACAGACGACUGGGACCGCAGACUGUGUCGUACCUAUUUAGAAGAGUUCAUCAAGCCAGAGAUGAUGGAGGGAGAGCUGUUCCUGGCUCCUGGAUUCCCUUUGCCUGGAAACAUGGAUUACAACGGCUAUCAUCAGUACAUAGAUGAUGCUCUUCCGGCUGAGUCACCCUACUUGUAUGGCCUGCAUCCCAAUGCAGAGAUCGGCUUCCUCACGCAGACGUCAGAGAAGCUCUUCCGCACCGUGUUGGAAAUGCAGCCCAGGGAUGGAGGCUCCGGCGAGGGCACGGGCAUCUCACGCGACGAGAAGGUGAAAGCAGUGCUCGAUGACAUUCUUGAGAAGCUCCCGGAAGAGUUCAGCAUGACGGAGCUGAUGGGAAAGGUGGAGGAAAGGACGCCGUACAUCGUCGUGGCUUUUCAGGAGUGCGAGCGCAUGAACUUCCUGACGCAGGAGAUCAAGCGCUCUUUGAAAGAGCUCAGUCUGGGAUUGAAGGGUGAGCUCACGAUGACCAAUGAUAUGGAGAAUUUACAAAACGCCAUCUAUCUGGACCAAGUGCCUGAGUCAUGGACCAAGCGCGCCUAUCCGUCCAUGUCUGGUCUGGCUAUUUGGUUUACAGACCUCCUCAGUCGCAUCAAAGAGCUGGAGACCUGGACCUCAGACUUCUCCCUGCCCUCUUCUGUAUGGCUGGCUGGCUUCUUUAACCCUCAAUCUUUCCUCACAGCCAUCAUGCAGGCCACGGCCCGCCGCAACGAGUGGCCGCUGGACAAAAUGUGUCUUCAGUGUGACGUCACUAAAAACAACCGCGAGGACUUCAGCGCUCCGCCUAGAGAGGGGGCCUAUAUCCACGGGCUGUUCAUGGAGGGAGCAAGAUGGGAUACAAAGGCUGGAAUAAUGGUGGAUGCCCGUCUGAAAGAGCUUACACCCACAAUGCCUGUGAUCUUCAUCAGAGCCAUCCCUGUAGACAAACAAGAAACACGAAAUGUGUACCAGUGUCCCGUCUACAAGACAAGACAGCGUGGACCCACUUAUGUAGGGACGUUCAACCUGAAGACAAAAGAAAAUCCCUCCAAAUGGACCUUAGCUGGAGUGGCACUUCUUCUUCAAAUCUAAACAGUAUGUUAUCGAGAUUAAAUAUGCACAAAUCAUAAUGCAUUCAAGUAGAAAUCAAAAUAGUUUUACAAACAAUAUGUGCCAUGAAGUUCAAUAAAAAGCACUUUACAAAUCAAA